AUGGCAUUCCGCUUAGCACGACUCUUUAGAACUUUUAGCUUUUCUUACCCCCUCCAUAGACUCCCGCCACUUUCAUAUCAACCAGUCCGAUUUUUCGCUAGCAAAAAGAAAGGAAAAGACAAUGACAAGAAAGGCAAAGGAAAGAAUAGAAAUCAAUCUGACGAAGAAGUUGACGAAGAAUUUGACAUUGAGCCUAUAAAAAAAGACAUGGCGAAGCCAUUAAAACAUUUCGAAGAAUGCUUACAAAGAGUCACCCUUUCUAGAGGCGACCCUAGGAUUUUUGAUGAGCUUUAUGUGACUUCUAAGCAUGAUAAUUUGUCAAAUCUAGCCCAAGUCGCUAUGAGAAAUGCUAGUGAGGUUUCUAUAAAGCCAUUUGAUGCUGCAAAUACAGACGCUAUAAUUACAGCUAUACAAGCAGCAAAUUUGAAUGUCAAUUGCAGAAAAGAAGGCUCUGGGACUAUUUCAGUGUCCAUCCCAAAGCCUACAAAAGAGAUGAGAAAUGAGCUGAUAAAGCAAGCUAAACAAUAUUUAGAAGAAACUAAAAACUCAAUUAGGAAUCGUCGUACACAUGCUUUAAGCCAAAUCAAAGAUAUCACAAGCAUAGGCGAAGACGACGUAAAAAAUUUACAAAAAGAAGUCCAGAAAAUCCAUGACAGCAUCAUCAAAAAAGCGGAAGAAAUGCUUGCUGCUAAGGAAAAAGCUAUAAAUCAAGGAUAA